AGUUUAUAUACUUUUUUUAAUCAGAUCGUUCCUGAUGGACUAUAUUCAAAUAACGGGACAACCCGGGCAUGUUGAUGUGACAAAUAAUCAUACUUGAGAACGUGAGUAUGGCUUCACUUUGGCUCCUUAAUGUGAUUCUGUUCCAUAUCAUUUCUCUUAUAAACAUUCCCUCUAUUUUCUACACCUUAUCUCAAGUCUCUAUAUGAAGGGAUACGAUUCAUAUAUAAAAAAAACCAAGUCAUUUUAGACCAAUCGAUGAUGAAGAAGAAAUUUUUUUCAUAGCGGAGUGUACGUGGCCUUUAAGGCUUCGGGUGACUAAGUUUUUUUUUACUAUUAUUCCGUACUUACCCGCUUUUUUGUUUGGAGAGUGAGAAACAAACCCCGAAAAAAUAAGUAACAUUGUGGGCCAUCCCCAUCUCACUUUCUCUCUUUUUUCUCCCAAAUUCAUAUCAAUAUGUUGUUCAACUCUUUGCGUGCCGCCUCUUCUUCUAUCGCACAACGUGCCUCUUUGGUUGCUCGUAAGCCUAUUCAACAACAACAAAAGCGUUUCCUCAACAUCCAUGAGUAUCUUUCUGUUAAGCUUUUGAGAGAAUACGGUAUCAAUGCUCCCAAGGGUGAAGUCGCCAAGACUCCUGAAGAAGCCUUUGAAAUCGCAAAGAGUCUCGGCAGUGAUGACCUUGUCAUCAAGGCUCAAGUCCUUGCCGGUGGUCGUGGUAAGGGUACUUUCGAUAAUGGUUAUAAAGGUGGUGUUAAGACUUUCAACACUCCCGAAGAAGCCAGAGAACUUGCCGAAAAGAUGCUUGGUCAUAAGUUGAUCACCAAGCAAACUGGUGCUGAGGGUAAGCCCUGCAACGCUGUUUACAUCUGUGAACGUAAAUACGCUCGUAACGAAUACUACUUUGCUAUCUUGUUGGACCGCAAAUCUGCUGGUCCCGUCAUCGUUGCCUCUUCUCAAGGUGGUGUUGAUAUUGAAGGUGUUGCUGCUGCCAACCCUGAUGCUAUCGUCACCAUGCCUGUUGAUCUUCAACAAGGCCUUACCAAGGACCAAGCUUUGGAUCUCGCCAAGAAGCUCGGUUUCACCCCUAAGGGUCAAGAACAAGCUGCUGACACUUUCCUUGGUCUCUACAAGCUUUUCACUGAAAAGGAUGCUACUCAAGUUGAAAUCAACCCCUUGUCUGAAUCCAGCGACAACCAAGUUCUCUGUAUGGAUGCCAAGUUGAACUUUGACGAUAACGCCGACUUUAAGCAAAAGGAAGUUUUCGCUUUGCGUGAUUUCACUCAAGAAGAUUCUCGUGAAAUCGCUGCCGCUAAGCACCACUUGAACUACAUUGGUUUGGAUGGUAGCAUUGGUUGUUUGGUCAAUGGUGCUGGUCUUGCCAUGGCUACUAUGGAUAUUAUUCAACUUCACGGUGGUAAGCCCGCUAACUUCUUGGAUGUUGGUGGUGCUGCUACCCCUGAUGCUGUCAAGGCUGCUUUCGAAAUCAUCACAUCUGACCCUCACGUCUCCUCUGCUUUCGUGAACAUCUUUGGUGGUAUCAUGCGUUGUGAUGUUAUUGCUGAAGGUAUCAUUGCUGCUGCCAAGGACUUGGAUCUCAAGAUCCCCUUGAUCGUCCGUCUCCGUGGUACCAAGGUUGAUGAAGCUAAGAAGUUGAUUGCUGAAUCUGGUCUCCGUAUCUUUGCUGUCGAAGAUUUGGAUACUGCUGCUCAAAAGGCUGUCAAGUUCUCUCAAAUUGUCUCAUUAGCCAGAGAAGCCAACAUUGAUGUCAAGUUUGCUUAAACAACUCUCAUCCUUUAUACAUAUAAACUUAGUUUUUUUUCUUUUAUACACUUCAUUACAAUGACAUUAUAUAUAAAUAUACAUCUACUUUUUUGUUUAGAGAAAAAGAAAAAGUAAAAUUCUCUCAUUUUAUACUUGUUCAA